AUGCCAUUGUACAAAGAAGAAAACUUCUUAGUGGUCCAUCCCGGCUCUGAGCACACGUUGUUCUCAUUUGGGUUGCAAGACUCCCUUGCUCCUCCACAAUACAAGAUUCCCUCGGUUGCUUACCAGAAUCCCACCACCAAAGAAUACAAGUCCAAACGUGACGAAAACGACACUGAUUUCGUAGAAAUCCACCCCAUACACAACUCCAAAGUGGUGGACUUGCCUGCGUUCAACUACUUGUUGAAGAUUAUUUUGCAGAGUGUCAUCACCAAAAAUCCUAUUGUUACCAUCAACCAGAUUCCUUUACUUCUUAUAGUGCCUUCUUUGACGUGGUCCCGGUCAGAUAUCGAGUGUAUCACCAAAUACGUGAUUGAAUCCUUGGAGUUUACAGCGUUUAAUAUCCUUGACUUAUCAUUGUCGUCCACUUUCGGUGUGGGCUCAUCCACAAAUUCGGUCGUAGUAAAUGUAGGUCACAACAACAUCCAGGUCGUGCCUGUAGUCGGUUACCAGACCGUUAAAUUCGCAGGCAAGUACUUGACGGGCGUAGGAGGCAUCACAUUGAACGAAGAAAUAAAGAAAACUUUGCCCAACUUCACAGAUGCACAAGUGGAAGACUUGAAGAUAUCUGGCAUAUACGAAGUUUUAACCGACCACGAGAGCUCGUUCUAUUCGUUUGCCGACUUGGAAUCCAAACAAGAGGACGAUGAAUUUGACGUAGCAAAAAUCGUAGCGUCUGACGACAAAGGUGCCAUAAUCAACGGUGAAGUCGAAGAUGAAAAACCCAAUAAGGAACUUGAAAGGAAUUUCUUUGUCGAUUCCAAAUCGGGCGAGAAAAUAUACGUAGGCAAGGAAAGAUUCCAAAGUGCAGCCAAGUUGGUUGAAGUGGUGACUGAUGCCAUAUACAACUCGUUGGCAUUGAUACCGGACUUUGAAAAAAGACAAGAUUGCUACGAUAACAUCAUUCUUGUAGGCUCGACAUUCAAGAUUCCUGGCUUGAAGGAGGCUGUGCUAGUCAGAUUAUCAGAAAAGUAUCUUAUCAGUGAACCCGGUGAAUCAACAGGAUCUGCAAAGGACUCCAAUGGUAUCAAUGUCACUCUUGCCAGGUACCAACAGGCAGAGGAUUCUGUGGACGGCGAGACAAACUCCAACUUGGCUCAAGUUCCAAGUGCCAUUAAGCUUGCCAAGUAUCCUGACUAUUUCCCGGAAUGGAAGAAGCCUAAAGAAAGAGGUGGAUCGUGGGAAGAUGUUUUCUUCUUGGGAGGAGAGAUCUAUUCCAAGCAGAUCUUUUCGAACAAUUCCAACCACGGCCGUGAGUUGUUUAUUGACAGUGAGGUUUACGAAGAAAGAGGGCCUCAGAGUAUCUGGGAUGUUACUAUUUAG